AUGUCUUCGAGGACACUGGCAUCGCUGUGCCCCAAAUGCCAACUGACAUUACGGCUCCAACCCUUCCCCCGACUGACGACUUCGCCAUGGUUCACGCAAAACGCCGGCUACCGUUCGGCGGCGAAAGAAAAACCAUCGCGCAUGGUUCUCUCCGACAACGUCGCAAAACCCCGAAAUCGAGAUGCCCGCCCGCCGAAACGACUAGUCGAGGGACCCUUUGGUGGCAUGAACCAGAAGUUUGCCAGAGUUCCCGAAGGGCCGCGCCGCGCCGCCUCGCGACCGACCAACGCGAAGGCGCCGUCGGGUAGGCCCAGCAGAGGAGGCGAUUCCCAGACUUCGUCCGAUAAUAGGAAAGCGUUGAAGAUGCAGCGGUCCCUUGCCGGCGUGUCGUACGGCAAGAGGAACGCAUUGAAAGACAAAAUGCAGGAAUACGAGUCUUUUGACCAGUUCAAUCUCCUUCCUGCCGUGAAGACCGCCAUCAGCGACGAUCUCCUGCGGGGAAUGGUGGACAUCAAACCGACUCCCGUACAGAGGCUUGCGAUUCCGGCGAUGCUCGGCCAGACCAGCGCGUUUAAAGUCAGGGGCGAGAAGAGGCAAGACUUCCUGCUUGCAGCUGAAACGGGUUCCGGCAAGACGCUGGCGUACCUACUGCCCGCUGUCAACGCUAUGAAGAUUGCCGAGGAGGCGAAUCCUGAAAUCCAGGCUUACAAGAAGCGGUUUGAGGAGGAGAAGGCUAGAGAGAGGGCCUCCAAGUCGAAGAAGAUGUCUACCUUUGACGAGCCUCACCCCACCAUGGCAAGACCCCGCGUCAUUGUCCUGGUUCCUUCAGCAGAGCUCGUUGAUCAGGUGGGUAAAGUGGCCAAGACGCUCUCCCACGCUGUCAAGUUCAAGUCAGAAAAGCUCUCGGCCAAUCUCAGCGCUACCACAAUCCAGCGCAACCUGUACUCGCCGCGCGGCGUCGACAUGGUUAUCACUACGCCUCAUCUACUGGCCUCGAUCGCAGAAUCCGACCCUAAUGUUCUCUCUCAUGUCAGCCACCUGAUUGUCGACGAGGCGGAUUCUCUAUUCGACCGAAGCUUCGCACCCGUCACCACAUCCAUCAUUGACAGGGCGAUGCCGUCGCUGCAGCAGUUCAUCCUCUGUUCGGCGACCAUUCCCAAGAGACUGGACAACUACCUCGCAAACAACUUCCCUAAUAUGACCCGCAUCACAACGCCGAACCUCCACGCCAUCCCGAGAAGAGUCCAGCUCGGCGUCAUUGACGUCGUCAAGGACCCUUACCGAAACAACAAGAACCUGGCCUGCGCGGACGCCAUCUACACGAUCGGCCGCGAGGCGUCCAAGCACGAGGGCCCGAUCCAGGGCGAGAUUGACGUCCGUCGCAUCAUGGUCUUCGUCAACGAGCGCGAGAAGACGACCGAGGUGGCCGAAUAUCUCCAGUCCAAGGGCAUCGAUGCCGUCGCGCUGAACAGAGACACGGCCGAGAACCGCCAGUCUGAGAUGCUCAACUCUUUUACUUCGGCGGAGCCUCUGCGUUCCGUGUCUUCGGAAUCCCCCGUCACCGGCAAGCGGUCGCUGCCCAACACUAAGGUGAUUGUCGCCACCGAUCUGGCGUCUAGAGGUAUUGACACGCUGGCUGUGCGGCAUGUCAUUCUCUACGAUGUCCCGCACACCACCAUCGACUUCAUCCAUCGCCUAGGCAGGGCUGGGCGCAUGGGACGCCGUGGAAGAGGUAUCGUGCUUGUUGGGAAGGACGACAAGAGGGACGUCGUUUCCGAGGUCAAGGAGAGCAUGUUCAUGGGUCAAGCUCUCAUCUAG